UUGUUGCAUUCUUAUAAAUAAGUAAUGUGCUCAUCAUGUUGUUUCUGUCCGACGUGCCCCGCCAUCAUCCCCUGUGGCACGGGAUGCUGCCGCUACUCGUGCCCGCCGCCACCGCCGUGCUGCCAGGCGGUGUGCCCGCCGCCCGCCUGCUGCACGCCCUGCCCGCCAUGCCGCUGUCGCCCGGUGUACCGACCCUGCCCCGCACCCGUACUCCCCGACAUUGUGGCACCCAUUGUGCCGGAGUUGCCGCUGUGCAAGCCUCGCAGGGUACCGUCCUGCGAGCCGCCUCCGUACCCGCCACCGAGACCGGUCUGUUGCCCGCCGGUGCUGCCCUGCUGCCCUCCGCCGGAACCCUGUGACCCACCACCAGUACGUCCUUGUCCGGAGCCCACGCCUUGUUACCAGCCGGUGUUACCUUGUUUCAAUCCGCAAUGUCCGUCGCCUAUAAUUCCAAAGCAACGACCGAUUUGCCCCCGAGCCCCGCCCUGCCCGUACCCGUGCUUGCCCGUGUCUCGUAGCUGCUGCCCCACUUGUGAACUGGACCCGGUGAACCGAAGGCGACCGCUUAUCGUACAUGACAGCGUGUUUCAGUGCCGUCCCUCCGGUCUUCCCGCAGAGUGCUAUACACGACGAAACCCCAAUGUCCGAUACUCGGUGGCGAAUUACGUCAAACAGGGCGAGCAGGCAGGCUGUGCUUAUUCAGUGCCUGUGCCAUUGAGGUAAUGUCGCCUGAUAUAGUUUUCGAGUUGUGUGCUGUUUCCUGUGUCGUGCAAU